ACGAACGACACCCCGAACUGUACGUUGCCAUCGAUAGUUGAGUUCCCCAACGUAAUGCGGAAGAAGUCAGCCGGUUAUACGGUAGCGUGUGUAUUUAUUAGCAUAUACAUUUUUAUCACCUUGGCUAUUCUCUGCGAAACCUAUCUGAUCCCAUCCAUCGAACGUCUAUGCUAUACUCUAAAGAUGACCUAUGAUGUGGCGGGUGCCACAUUCAUGGCAGCUGCUACUUCGGCACCAGAACUCUUUGUUUGCCUUGUGGCCACGCUCAUCGCCAAGGGCGACAUAGGCAUUGGAACCAUUAUCGGCUCUUCCGUCUUCAAUGUUCUUGCCAUUGCGGCCCUGUGUGGCGUAUUUUCGGGUGUGUACACGAAAUUGGAUUGGUGGCCAAUAACUAGAGAUUGCUUCUGGUAUCUAUUGACAAUAUGUAUGCUCUUUGGCGUAUUAUACGAUAGCAGAGUUGAACUCCACGAGGCCAUUAUCUUGUUUUUAAUGUAUUUCGUAUAUUUAAUUGAAUUGAUAUUUGAUCGAAAGAUCCAAAGUAUAUGUCGCAAGGUGGAUGUGGAGAAGGAUACACUAACUGAGAAUCCGAUGACUCGUGAGGAAGAUCCAUUGAAAUCGUUCAAGGAAAUCGUUUGUGGCUUCCCAAAGAAAGAGGAAAAGGCCUAUCACAAGGUCUGGUUUGCCAUCAAAUAUCCAGCUAUACUAUUGCUGGCGGUGACAACGCCCAGUGCGCGAUCGAUCUACGUUUUCUGCUUGUUAAUGGCCAUUGCCUGGAUUAGUGUUUUAUCGUAUCUGGUCACCUGGUCCCUCACCAUCGUUGGCCACAACAUCGGAGUGCCCGACUCGAUCAUGGGUCUCACCGUACUGGCAUUCGGUACCAGUGUACCCGAAGGGGUAUCCUCCUUCAUUGUUGUCCGAAAAGGCUACGGCUCGAUGGCAAUGUGCAAUGCAAUCGGAUCGAACACUUUCGACAUCUUCAUCUGCAUGGGUUUGCCCUGGCUGAUUGCCGUGGCGAUCGAAAAGAAGGAUAUUCACGUCAACUCGGAUGGACUGGCCAUCAACGUUGGCGUUCUGAUCCUGACGGGCGCCAUCGCCUAUUUCAGCUUGCUUGGGACCAAGUUUGUUUUGGGCAAAAUCGUUGGCUGGAUUUGCUUGGUCAGCUAUGUAGCCUUCCUUAUCGUGGCUAUCACUUUGGAGCUGAUCAAAUUGAAGCCAGUCUGUGACAUCGAGUCGGGGUAUUAUUCAUACUAUACUAAGUAGGACUCCAAAUUCUCAAUGUUAUCAAAUAUGUG